UCUACGACACCCUGCACCACCUUACUAGCUCUGCAAAAAAGAGAGCAAAUAAGAGAAAGAUUAAAAGAGUUGCUAAACUAGAUAGGAAGAGGAGGUCAGAGAGAAAAGGAAAACAAGGGGUUCCCUCAAAGGAAUAUCUUUCAUGUUCUUUUUUUCCUUUUACACAUUUUGAAAGGAUCUACAGACUAGAUGACCGUGUUUCAUACACCUUCGAUUCAUGAUCUAGGACUCUGACAGGACUGGAAGCACACACCCUCAUACACACGCACACUAUUUCCAUCUUCAUAGAUCUCUUUCUCUCUUUCACACACACCCUCAUACACACGCACUCUAUUUUCAUCUUCAUAGCUCUCUUUCUCUCUUUCACACACACCCUUAUACACACACAGGGGAAGACGUUCUCCUUCACUGCACUGCCUCUCGAUUGGAACAUGUCCAAGUCCUCGUCUGGGUCGACCAAUCACAAAAAGCGUUUGUCAUCGGAGACGGACAACUCUCAGAAGGUGUUGGACAAUGAUUCGACCCAGCAUUUGAAGCUACGUGAGAGACAACGCUACUUUGAAGACGUGUACCAGCAUGAUAUGGAAUUCCUCCUGUCUUCAUCCCACCUGUACACUGACUGCACGAAACCUCCUAUGGGCAGCAUCUCUUCCAUGGAGGUGAAUGUAGACAUGCUGGAGCAAAUGGACCUCAUGGACAUCUCUGACCAAGAAGCACUGGAUGUGUUCCUCAACUCUGAAGCCGAUGACAGCCCAUUGGACUCCCCUUUACGAGAGAUAGAAGAUGAAGACGAUGAUGAGGAAGACGAAAGCAAAGAGGUGGUUUACAGGGAACGUAUGCCAAUAUGUCAACAUAUCGUCAGUGACCUGUCCAAAUCUCGUAUGUUUUCAACUUCUUCCGGUUCGAGUGACAUCAGCAGAUGUGCGACCGAGACCCCUGUGGUCCAAUCAGAUGAUGAGGAGGUUCAUGCUGACACCUUGCUACUGACAUCUGUGCUUCGAACAAACGAUGAAGAGACAGAGGAAGAGGCGGCGAAAGAGGAGACUGGAAUGUCUGCUCCGUUGUCAUAGAGAUACAAGUCAAAGUUGAAUGUGGUCAGAGACAACAAGGUGAAGGGUAAACAGACUGAUUCAGAGAUCCAUACAUAUCUACUAUCAUCACUCUGUCAUUCCAUGUUAGCUUACGAAUGCUCCCGGACCUCCCUGUGGGAAACCCCUAGCAUGGACAAAUCUUGUAAUGGUUUUGUGUUGUUAUUCCCUACGUGACUAUGAAACAGAAUGAUGAUGCUUAAUUGUUCUAACUUGGCACUAACUAUAUAAUACAUAAUCUGUUCUAUUUGUUUUUGCUUCAGAACAUUCUAGUCAUUGAGGUUCCAAGAUUAAGUUCACCACACCUGUCAUCAAUGUUGGGGAUAUAUACAUCUAAGUUUUAAAAAGAACAAGAAAGGCAAGUUUGGUUUCAAAAUGCUGUAACCCAAAACUGGAUAUUAAUUCUUGAAUUUUCAGUGGAGCCGCACAUACAUUUUUUGUUUUAAAACAAAUGUGUUUGGUUACUAUUUGCAUUCAUUUUUCUAAUUUCAAUAAUAGGACCAAUCUACCUUGUUCUGAUAGGGAUCUAAACCAAACAAAAAAUAUUUGUUUGCCCCUUUGUGCUGAGAACCUGGUUUAGCCUAUCGAUUGCAAAUAUGUGUGGUGCAACGCAAAAGCUAUUUAAAAGGAGAGGAAAUAAUAUAUUUUCCAAGGGAGUAAAAGUAAUUUGUUGCUUUCGAAGUAAUAAGUAAUGUUAUACAUUGCUUUCUGAGUAACGUCCCCAACUCUGACUGUUAUUCACAAAAUAUUAUUGUCAGAAGGAGGAAUUAAGUCAGAUGUAUAGUACAUAUUUGUCAGACAAAAAAACCUGAGUACUUUAAUUAAAGAAACUAAAUACUAGCUGGUUCAAACCUACCCAUUUAUUUUAGUAUAUAUUCAAACACCUCAUCUAACAGACAUUUAGUCUUAAGAAUUUUGUCUUGAGUCUGAAGUAUAUUUACUAUCAUUUUCCUCUGUACAUUAAAACUUAAACCUCUUCUAAUCUAGAAAAAAAUAUUACAAAUAUAUUGUGAUUUUAUUACUUAUUCUGAUUUUUUUGGGGUGGAAAUUGUUGUGACUGCUCAGUAAUAUGCUGAUAAUUAUGGGAAGUUUAAUGACUCAGUCAUUCACUUCUACAUAUUUCUAUGGUCACCAAUCCCAAAUUCUUGUUCUAUUACUUGUUUAAUUGCCUCAGGAUGAGGUUACUUGAGAGAUGUCUGAAAAACACAAACAAUCUGGUUUUACUGCUUUGGUUUCAUCUUAACACAUCUUUCUAACACACCUUGGAAUUCAAAAUUAAUAGUUAAACAUUAUGAGUGUCAAAUUAUCGUGUCUUCUCCUCCACUGUGACAUGAGUUAGGAUUGCACAAGGGCAACACCCACUCAGAAUCACACAGGUAACAGUGAAGACAAAAUAAGCUAUCUACACUUAAAAAAGUUAUUAGUUACCACAAAUCAUUUGAGUUACUCAACUCAUAGUAUUUCAGUGAUAAUAAAUAAAAUAAUUAGAUUACCAUUCUUAUAACUUCUCUUUUUAUAACACAACAAAGUAUGCAUCCAUGCAUUCGUUUUGGGUCAGGAUAGACACACACAUUUGCUGGCUACAACAUAGAGUAGUUACGUU